AUGUUCCACCGUACGCCUUCAGCCAGUAACGUUACCCAGGUGGAAAAGUUGGCCUACGAAAUACUGCGAAGUCGGCCGUUUUCUAUCACAGAUGAGGAAAUAACGAGCAAACUGACCUGGCCGCGUGAUGCUAAGGUGCAUUGGACGUUUUUCACACGGUGUUGUAGUUGGUGGACCAACUUACAUUCCACUUUUAAUUGUACCGGCUUGUCGGUCCAAAUCUCUCUUACCGCUGUGGCCUACCUCAGCAUACCGCUUGGUUAAAAGGGGAAACAGGGUAGGCAGCCGUUCCAUAAAGUUAGCGAACAACCAUGAGCGGGAUGAAGCACCCCCACAACUGCCUGGAGAAGUAAUACUUUACUACUUACAUGUACUCCGUGUGGCUGUUGUCAGUUCUGAUCUGACCAUCCUCAACGGUGCCGCCAUUUGCACCUUUUCAUGAAGAACAAAAGACUCAGAGAGCUUGGCCAACUCUCAUCUUCAUCGACAAAACCAGAUAUCGCAGGCCCGAGAAUCACCUUAAUGCCACGUCGAGCUAUGUCGAGUCAGGUUUCGAACUGGCCUCUUCGCCGCGAUUACCUUUUGAAUUCCUUCCAAAUGACACUAAUCAGUGUCAUUGUACCACUCAUGUUGGUGAUCCUCUUCGUUGAUCAGUUGAAGUUUCCAUCUUCCCGAUUUAUGAUUGCAAUCCCCCACUUAUUGUGCCACUAAUAGGGAGACAGUUGAGUCCUAAGGCCUAGAGGCCAGACUUUCAUCUGGAGUUUGCUCAAAACGUCAUAAAACUGGUUGAAUUUUGUGCCUACCUGCAGCUCUCUUAGGAACUACAAUUGGCAUUGAACCGUGACCUUUAAGUACGACUUAGUCGUCCUGGAAUAAUUCUUCCUCGGAGUAGCAUUUGCCGCAGGGCAGCUUUCGGGGCUUAGAGUAAAAUGAGCACUAUGCCAGGGAAGCCCACCAUAACUGGUUGUUAGCUACAGUAUUUGUAAUAAAAUUGGUGAUUUUGCGAGUGCCAAUCAGACUUUUCCAUUACCGCCUCAAACACCCGUUUAAAUUGCUGACAGGCUCUGACUUCAUCACUAGGACAACAACAAAGAUCUCGAAAAUGACCUAACUAGUCUGAUAAUUCUAUAAAAGCUUCCCUGGCCUUGGUGGCAAAUGUUAUGUAAUAGGCGGAAUCUGCCCUUCUGGGUCUGAUUGUUAAAUCUGUGCGGUCAUAAAAAGGCGGACAGCUUGUAGACAUCAGUCAGAACUCACCAACCAAAUGCUCAGUGCUGAUCUUCCUUACCGCCGGGAACUCCCUAUAAAUAUCGGGGAAUUAGAGGGUUGUACUAUCAAAAGUAGCAGUUCAUCAGAUAUUCUCGUGGUUUAUUGCUCCGGAGUAGGAUGACGGACAGUGCAUUUUUUCAGUCACCCCAAUUGCCUAGGCGUCUGAUGUAUUCGUUGAGGCCACAUUAUCUCCACCGCCGCCGCAUGCUCAUGUAAGUAUUGAUCUCCCGCCACUUCAGAAGACGACCCACCAACUCCGUAACGCAAGGACUUUUGACGAGACCCGAACCUCCUUCCACACUGGAUUUGGCCGGUCACUAGAGAGUUGAUCUUGGUUUCAACAGGAAAGACGAUUGCGACUGCUGGCAUCAGAUAGCUUUCUUCCAGAUUUUGUGUGGAGAGUUAAUCGACGUUAUCUCUGAAUACGCCUCCGGUAUUCUGGCUUCCGAGGUCGCCCUUCCGUCUCGUUCUUUCUUUCUCCCCCCCCACUCCCCCCUCACUAAAUCUCUCUCAAUCUGUCCAUUUCCGAGAGUUUUCAACCUUUGCGAUCCUUGCGGAGCUGCGAGGACUUCCUUAUUUCCUCCAUUGCCCUUUAGGCCAGCCCAUCGCUAAAGUCGGUUGUUGCGGUCGAGUCCACUCAGUGGAACCCGACCAACACUGAGCGCAGACUUGCCUCACCGCAUAGACACGGGCGCAGUCGUCAUCAUCGCAGCCCAUCCCCGCUCUCCGCUUUGCUGCCAGGGGGGUCAAAUCCGCCAGCACCUGUCCCCGGCCUGGAGAACGCUGCAGUCCAGCCGCCCAAUGAGACGCGUCGUGUCCUUCUGAAACGUCGGGCGGACGACGCUGUCGGAGGCGGUGGCGGUGAUGCCAAACGCAUCCACGGUCCUCACGAUGACAGCCUCAACGGCAGCGGGUACGCGGUGCGCAGUAUGCAAGAGUUUCUGCACCAGAGUGGUGGUGGCCCCGCCUCAAGGCCGAGGCUCGAAUCAACCAUCCUACCGAAACUGCCACCGGAAUCGACGCUGAAUCGUCGAGAAACUUGUCCGAUCCUUAUUCGCAUCUUCUACUCUACCAACGGCCAGCAUACACCGCUCUCGCUCUUCUCAAAUGGGAAACUCCCACAUCCCGAGAUCCAAGUGAACACCUGGUAGGUCGCUAAACUUUUUCUAUUGCCCGUCUGUGCUAUCAGUAUUUUUAUUAGUUGUCGGUGAUCACGCCUAAUAUAGCCUGUCUCAACUGCUCAACCGAUUGCACUUCUGCAUGAAAACCCAAAGGGCUAGGGAGUCUGAUCAACUCCCUUCUUCAUCGACAAGCUAAAGUACCCCAGGAACAAAAAUCACCACAGUGUCUCGACAAGCUAUGUCGAGUCUGGUUCCGAGCUGUCCCCCUAUUUUCCGCGUUGAACUAGGUUGCGACGUCGACUGAAGGACAAAAGCUACACACACGGCACGGACAAUGAAACAUAUGCACGAACCGCCUGAAGCGUCUGUUUGAAUGACCUGAGAUAUUCGUGGGAUGUUGUCGCAGUGAAUACGAGCUGUUUCGCUCGAGAUUAAGUUGCUAUACUUCACUCGAAGGAAUGUGUUCAGGCAGUGGUGCUCAGUCAUCCCCCGUUUUAAUUCCUCUUUCACGUUUAGGGCUUAGCAUUCACAACUGUUGAGGAAGACUGAAUGAACAGAUGUUCCGUACACGUGGAUCUUUGUGGUGAUGGAGGUGUCGGGAGGGGUCUGAAGCCAGCUAAAACGUACGAGCGAGAAUAUCCGAGACAGUCAUGUCAUGGUUCGUGGUCAGUCCCGCCCCUCUGCUGCCAGAUACAGCGACUCCGACAUUUUUGGUUACACUAGAUGUUUCCAUCUACACGUCCUAAGAUUUGAUUUAUUUUCCUUUUUUUCGACAUUCACACGAGACCUGUCAGGAGCAUUCGGGUCAACAUUGAAUCGUUCUGGCCUAAGAAAUCGAUCCACUCUGGGGUUGUAAGAUGAAUGAGUUGUUGUAGUUUGGAUCGUAGGAAGAACGCGAGAGAAAGAGCACCAACACCAUGGGAUCCAGGAAUCGGAACGAAGAAUACCCUAUAAUAGGGCUUUAUUCAUCUUGCGAUUGACGCAGUGGGACUAAAACAAGAAAUAUAACAGCAGUAGAUACGGUAGAAUUCCGCUAGGGCAUAAGAUCGCAUGACUAUAGAAAACACGCACAAAAGUAUUCUUUUACUCGUUCGGGAGCAGAUUACGUCUCCUCUAAAUUUUAUGCCUGAAGAAAGAGUACUUUUCAGUUUUGACAAAGUUUCUAAUUAGGAGUUUCUCAAAGACCAUGAAAUGUCUGAUCGUACAGCGUCGCAUCCACGUUCAUCACUGGUGCUUAUAAAGUGGACAACAUGGUCCACAUCAACAAAAAAUUUUAUGAGCCCCACAUGACGUCUUCUUACCGGUGUAUUAAAAAGUACGAUUUUCAUUACAUUGAAAGUAUGUAGCUUGUAGUUUGGAAACUCUGAAUGCAAGUGUAACGGCAGGUUAGAUUCAAAAUUAUUGGGGAAUUGAAAAGGUUUCUUAAGUAUAAAAUUUUAUGGUUACGCAAUUUGCUGCCAACUGAAUAAGAGGUGGAAUACCCUUAUUCAUGUUUUUUCUCUUAUGAAAUAUGCUUGAAUGUAUAAGGGCAUUGCCAAUCAAUGGGAAAAUCCAUGCUACAUUUUCCACAAAAUGUAGUUUUUUCAGACGGCUGAAAAGAAGUGCAUUUUAAAAGUCGACAUCCCAGCCUGACUGAAACAUCUUGGGACUAUGCUGCACGAUAAUUAGUACUGCAGCCCUACCUGAGUACUUUUGGUUGAUUGUUUAAUUUACUCAGAAAUCAACUGCGAACUUGGAGUAGGCCAGUAAAUACUAAGGUCUGUGGGUACAGACCGAAAUUGGACGUAUAAAUAUUUGGACUGAAGUUCAUCAGUCACAGCGGGAUAACCGCGUAAUAUUCAUUAACUGCCGACAGGCAUCUAGUAGCAUAUUUUGGGGGUUACAUGAUACCAUACUAGCAGCACAGGCGCUCGAUAAAAGCCCACACAGACGUGUUUUGCCGAUAUUCUGCCUCUGCGUGACACAGCUGCGAGGGGUUCGGCGCUUCAUUGGAUCGGCAGCUAAUGAAUAUUGCGCGAUCAGCCCGCUGUGGCUGAUGGACUUCGUUCGUUUGAACUUAUAAACCUUAAGCAUACUGAUCUACUCAAAGUUCGCCGUUAAUUUCUGUGGCAAUUAAAAAAGAGACGAUUUGUAAAUUGGAGUAUCGACCAGAAAGUAGACGGGGGAUGCUGGGGUACCCACUGAAGAGCCGGACCCCUCACAGCUGUGCCUUGCAGCGACAGAAUAUCGACGAAUCACGUAUGUCUGGGCUUUUAACGAUUACCUUUUCUGCUAGUAUGGUAUCUUAUAACCCUAACAUAAGUAAUCUUUUCAAAUUGAAAAAAAACAUUUCAGGUUUUCAGCCAACAUUUCAUGAGAUUCAUAUUGACCCAAUUGUGAAAAACUUGGCGCCUCGGUGAGAUUCGUACCCACGCAGUAAGGGGAAGGCUUUAGUACAACCAACGCUCUAACCACUGGAGCUACGGGGCCCCGCCGGACGACGCGAGUUUAAUCACAUUUGGGUCAAGUUACCCGCCCAACCUACUGCAACGCCUGGAAUCCACCAAAUCUGAUACAGUUAGUUGACCGCCCUAUCAGGAUUUCCUAAGUAAUUCACCAAGCAUCCACCAGAUGACUGCCGGGCUCACGCAAUUCAUAGAAUUAUUAAAAAUCUGCCAAAACAUCUAUGAGUUUCAUGAGAUAGCACCUCUACUGUAGGUUUCAGACUAUAAGGUGCGCCCUGCAUUACACCGCAGCAUCUCCUUGCAUUUAUUUUCUCAUGUGCCGUGACAAUUUGGGCAGCCAAGAGAUUAGUGGGUCGACGCCCACAGACCACUUCUCCGACUUCUGCUGCUCCGGCUGAUAGGCGGAUUGCAUUUUAGGCUCGACGCCAGUCUGCGUGAACUGGCACGUGAAUUACGCGACGUCUGCCCACUGGCUCGGCGUAAGGGCUCCCGCCUCCAGUUUGCCACGGUCUUCCCUGAUUCCCAGCGAGGAGGCGCCUAUCGUCGGCGGGUGUUAGGCACGCUGAUCACCGGCCAGGCUCUCUACAAUGGUGCUCCAGGCCGUGUUGGAGACAGCCUAGGCCCACCUGUCUCGGGAGAUGCCUUUGUCACUCUGGAGUCCAAACAGUUUCAGGUGAGUGUCCCCUGCACCUUCCCAUUCCCACCGUCGACUUUAACCGCCGUAAGAAAGGCAACCAAAUCGUCACACGGCAAAGAACGAUGAGAACAUUUGAGAUUCGUAGUUGGUGUGAUACCACUCAAAUGUACAGUUGGUGACCUAACCUCAUGAAGGGUGUCGACAUUUGCCACUGAUUGUUAAUCACUCGCAACCGACACCAGUGCCUGGACCCAAUAUUUAUGUUAAUAAGUGACAACUUUAGGGGGAUUAAAAACAUAAAAGAAGUAUUAAACGUGAUGUUACGUUGUUUACAAAUGCCAACUUUUUUUUUAGAAAAGUGGAAAAUCCCGAAAAAGUCGAAAAUGGUCGUGAUUUAGUAAACUUAAAGUUUAUGUUUACAUAAAGCCUGUCAUGCAAAACACCAAGUAAAUAUGAAAGCACAAAUAGAAUAACCUCUGAAAAUAAUCUUUUAGUGAAAUUUACAUUUAAAUAUCCUUUAGGAAUUAGUGUAAUUUCAGGUAUGGUGGUUUGCUAACAGCUUACCUUGUGACUAUAGACUGGGAACUGAUUGGUAUAAUUGCAAAGGCAAAUGAGCUCACUUCCCUCAAUACCACAACGGAACCAGACUUGGGGUGGAGUCUGAGCAUCCUAGCCAGCAUUGUCUGUGUAAUACACUGAACUCACGUCAGUGCCAAUCGCCCUGGAGAUGCAACUCCCUGAGGAUCUCCACUUCCCUCCUACACAUCCGGUGGAGAACGUCGACACAUACGCUUCAAGGAUGCGGAAAACCCUGCGCAUAGCAUCGGAGGAAGCUCGAUUGCAUCUUCAGGAAGGUCAGCGAAAUUUCGCAUUCGCACGAUGUCUCCCUCUUGGUAUGGGGUCCCAUAUGCUAGGCGAUCAUAGAAUGCUUUUUGACGGAGCUGACUUUCCUGAAGAUGCAAUCGCGCUUCCUCCGAUGUUAUGCGCAGGGUUUCCCGCAUCCCGAGGUGUAUGUGUCGACUUUCUCCACCGGAUGUGUAGGAGGGAGGUGCAGAUCCUCAGGGAGUUGCAUCUUCUUCUAUGUGGGCAUGUUCUUCUACUCGGGAAGCGCCGUGCAUCUGAGCACGAAACAUGACGUUAAAAUUGCAAUCUAUAUAUUCGAAUCCAGCCGCACCUCCAAUAGGUUUCAGUCUGUUCAGUCGGAAAUUGAUGCGGCAUCUUUAUCCCUAAGUCUUAGAUGUAGGGGACCGUUUUUCUGAGUUCUAGCACCUGUGCUGUCAGGAAUAGUAUAUCAUGCAACCUAUGUAUAUACUACUGGUUGCCUGCUGGCAGUUUAUGAAUAUUACACGACUAUUCCGCUGUGCCAGAUGGACUUCGGCCCAAAUGUUCAUAUAAUUCUGGGUCUAUAAACCUCAAACAGGCCGAUUCACUCCAAGUUAGAGGUUAAUUUCCGAGGAAAUCGAAAAGCUGCUAUGGCUAUGACUCUGUAUGAUGUGGACACCCGGAUAGUCUGGAGGACUAAGCGAAUAAAGCAGACCACUUUAACCUAAGUUGUCUUUGGGGGUUACUCAAAGCGACCUGGCGGAAAUUGAUUCAUUGAACCGGAAUCCUGAAAUCAAUUCCUACUUCCAGCAUGCUUGUGCUGAUGGGUCAGAUCCUAUUUCGACGAACUACCGGUAGAAAAUUGUGAGCCACUUUAUUAGUUCAUUUAUUGGCUACUGACAUAUUUACUAGUAGGCAUUUUAGUGAUGUAAGUUUGACUUCGUUAGGCACGUUUUGCCGCUUAUCUUCUUCACAGAUUGGUGACUACUUGGACGUGGCAAUAUCUGAGCCGCCCAGGGAACCUCGGGGUUUCAUUCCGGAUGGCCGCCGAAUUUCAAAGAACAGUCUACAAAUCAACGGACGGUUUCACGUUAACUAA